AUGCGUCUUGUCACCAUCGAGGCCGGUGUGCUGCUCGCCUGCCUCUCAUCCUGCAUGGCACAGACCUCGACCGACUGCAACCCAACCAACGAGACCUGUAGCUCCGACGUGGGCCUCUCAUCGUCGACCUACAGCGCAGACUUUACCAAGCCAGGCAACAAUGCGUCUUGGACUGCCGCUGCCUAUUCGGAAAUCACAUAUGGUGACGAAGGCGCCGUCUUCACCAUCUCCAAGGAAGGACAAGCUCCAACGAUGGAAACCGACUUCUACUUCCUCUUCGGCAAGGUCGAAGUGACCAUGAAAGCUGCACCAGGCACUGGUAUCGUUUCCUCAAUUGUGCUCGAGUCGGACGACCUGGAUGAGAUCGAUUGGGAGUUCCUCGGCGGCGACACAACGCAAGUUCAGUCAAACUUCUUCGGAAAAGGCAAUACAACUUCGUACGACAGAGCGCUUUAUUCCGCUAUCAAGGACCCACAGAAUACGUGGCAUACUUAUACUAUCGAUUGGAACGAGGAGACGCUCAAAUAUCUCAUCGACGGCUCUGAAAUUCGUACGGUCAAAUAUUCCGAACCGUCGACGGUGUUYGGCAAAAACUACCCACAGACGCCAAUGCGACUCAAGCUGGGUAACUGGGCUGGGGGUGCGAAAGGCAACAGUCCCGGUACAAUCGAGUGGGCCGGAGGUGAAGUAGAUUUUGAAAAAGGACCGUUCACCAUGUAUGUGAAGAGCGUGUCAAUCUCCAACGCCAAUCCCGCCUGUUCCUACUCGUACAAAGACAAGACGGGCGACUUUUCAUCCAUCGACAUCGUUACAACUGGUGACUCUUGCUCAGCAAAUUCGACUUCGCCAGACACUACCGCAAACUCCACAUCCACAGCUACACAAGCCCCGACAUCAUCUCAUAGCGUGGCACAUGUGGAGCAGACUGAAGCCGUCGUGGCGACUACCGUCACUGGGUCUGCUUAUAGCACUAACAGUGCCUCUGCGUCUGCAUUGAACGGUGGCAUUGUCUCCACGACGGCUCUGCCAACUGGUGGGAGUACAACAGCCGGCGGGCCAGCAUCCAGCUCCUCGUCCGAGAGCUUCACUGGCGACGCAUCGUCCGUUCGCGCCGCUACCGUCGGUGCUGGCUUGGGUAUGUUGGUGGGCCUCUGGGUGCUCUAG